AUGAUCAGAGUACAGCCGACACAUUUAUUGGCCAAUGAGGAGCUUAGGAGGAAUAACUGGAUGCUGUUAAUUGACAAAAUCGGUCCAAGCCCAUUAGAUGCACACCAUUCAGCUCACCCAAACGUAAAUUGGAUGAAACACAUGGCUGAGUAUUCGACAGUGGAAGAAGAGAAAUUAUAUCCUAUUGUAGUUAACGUAAAACAGGUCACAAAGGAUAAGGCUGGAGUCACUGGUAAAUUUGCUGAAAAUAUCAUAUGCGCAGCAGGAUUGAGCAUUAAUUGCAUUAAACGAAAUCGUAAACACGAGGGGAAAUCGUCGCCUAUGCCUUGCGCACUUAAGAUCAGAAUACGUUUUUCGCUGCCUUGA